ACAUUAUUUUUUUAGAUGUGUUUUGUGUUUCGAGUGUUUUUCAAGUUUUUAAAUUUUUAAAUCAUUUGAACUAUCGCCGGUAUUGCGGAUGCUUUUGUUUUGAACAAAAUGCCUCCAUCUCUACUGCAACAUUAAAACCGAAAGUAUAGCCGGAGUGAUGUUUACUAAGAGUGUAAGGAGAUAAACGUAUCGAUGAUACCGAAACCGCCGAGUUGACUGUAAGCGAAAAACCGAAAGUACGAGGUACCAUCAAUCGGGUACCUCACCAUCCGAUGUCAGAUGAAAUUGGUACCAAGGCAGACAACGCCAUUGAAGGCGAUAAAUUAGCUAAAGAACCAAGAAACGAUAACGAAACGAAGGAACCCAAAGAGACUAAACAGAGAUCCGUGUCUUUUAAUAGAGACGUACACGUUAAACGAUUCGGUAAACCCCGCGAGCGGGGUGCCUCAUCCGAACAUCAAUCAUCAUCUAUUCGAAAAGAACCAUUUACUCAUCUUUCUGAAAAAGAAUUAAUAGAAGAAGCUAAUAGAGUACUCGCUCAAGCAAAAAGCGUUACAUGCACUACCGAUCAAUCACCAGAAAAAUUCUUCUCACUACCAUACAGAAGAAAAUUCAAAGAAGAAAGAUCUGGCAGACGGAAUAGUGACGACGCAGGAUCACCAGACGGGACAAUUAAAUCACCACUCGGUAGAUCUACUAGUGAUGUAACGGCUAAGAAAAGAAAAGAUCGAACCUCACUUUCCACUCUGUUUAGAAGAGCGCAAAGAAAUAAAAGCCCAGACGUACCAGUUGUUGUCACCACAAAGCCAGUGGUUGUAGUAAAACGUAGCAAAAGUGACGUAUCUGAUUUGAAAUCGAAUACUACUUUAAAUAGUCAGAACAAACCUAUUCGCAAAAGGUCUGGAAGUGAGACUGAAGAAUUUCUCAAAUCUUUAAGAAAUAAAAAGACACAACUGUCACCCAUUAUUGAAAGUUCACCAAGGGAAGAUUAUUUCAAAAAGACACCUCCGUUAGAGGUAUUUCAGAAAGAAAAAUUAAAACAAAAGAACUCUAGCAAGUCUGAUGAACAGAAAAGUACAUCUACAGACGUUAAAAAGGUUAAUCCUGUAGAAAAACCGCCAAGAUACAAAACUCCCGAUAAAUCAGAUUUAAAAUCGCCGUCUAAAUCAAAAAGAGGGAAAUCAAAUGAAAAAGAACCUUCGCCUAUUAUAAUUGACACACCAAAACGAAAAACUGAAAUAAAAAAGACCAUAUUAUUUGAUGAAAUUGAUUCUUCGAAACAACAGGACAUAAAUCAAAAAGAAGAAAAAGAGCCAAUUAAUAACAGUACUUUGACACAAAAGAUUGAUAUAAACAUCCAUGGUGAGAAGGAAAUGAAGCAUAGUAGCCAACAGCCUCCAGAAAAACCGCCAUUAACAAGAGGACAAACCGUUGAUCAACUUGUAAAGAUUUUAAAAGAGGAUCAAGAUUCACCGCCACCGAAAUCACACUUAAUCGCGCCACUUAACGGAAGCAAUAUAAAUCAACCAUUUUCCUACACAAAGCCCAGCGCAAGUCCUGACCCUAAUUUAUUUGUAAGGACUACAAGUCCUGAGAGAGUACCAACCCCCGUUAACAAAACGGAAAAAAGUAUUGUCUAUGCACAAGUUGUGAAAGACUCAAAAGAUACAAUGCCAUCGUUUGGUAAAGCAAAGGUAUACUCUCCGCGAGUCGAGAAACAUGGUAGCUACUCAGACGAAGAUGAAGGCCUCGGUUACGAAGAAAGAUACAAAUAUUCCUUGGAUCGUAGCUACGACUAUAAAUACAAAAAUGAAAAUGAAAACAUAGUAACAUCAACACCCAGGUAUAGAGAAUAUAAGUUAACAAACUUUGAAGAUCCCGAGCCUACUUAUGCCAAUGAAUAUCCAAGUAAAGAUGUAGAAAACAAUUUCGAUAGUUUUAGAGGUAGAGGCGAUGGCAUGGAUACUAAGCGAAAACAAACCGAACCUGAACUUACUAAACUCGACUUGGACUUUAACGAACUCAGUCAUCGGCGACAACUUUUAGAAUCGCGUUUAAAUGCUCGGCGGUUAGAUCGUGGAAAAGUAAAUACAGAUGAAACUUUUACAAAAUUUAUUAUGGAAAAUGAUCCCAUAUAUGAGGCCGAAAAACGUAUGAAGGCAACAGAAAAAUAUGUAAACGAGACUGCCAGAUAUUAUCGGCACACUUUAGAAAGAGAUGGUAACGUAGAAAGUAACGUUGCUGAAAAUUUUAAUAAAUAUGAUUCAGAUAAUCAUAACAUCAAGUACAACACGGAAAGUAGAACUGUUCAAAAAUCCCACAAAGAUUUCGACCGAUAUGCAUAUAGCAGAAGCCCAGAACCAAAGUACAAAGAAGAAAGAAAAGUGUUUCCUCCGGAGCCGGAAUAUGAACCUCCCAGUCUUGAAUCCAAUCCGCGUAAACCAAUACAUUCACCAGAUGAAUACAUAGAGAAGAAGUACAGAGCUAAAAAACAUUUUACUUCUAGUCAUGAUCUUUUACAAUCUGGACAGAAAUACAAGGGUAAAGAGGAGUGGUUUGGUAAAAGGAAAGGACAUUAUGCGUCGAAUCCUGAAAUAGCUCAAGAGCGUGACGACGAUUAUGCAAAUCUUCGAUACAAUGGAAAGAAUAGUGACUCAUACCACAACUCGUUGCGUCGCGUUAAAAACAAAGACAAGCAACAUAAAGAAGAUUUCGGAAUACGUCGCCAUGAUUCGGGAGAUAGCCGAGACUAUUAUCGAGAGGAUCGAUCACCUCGUAGAUUCGACUUUGAUAACCGAUUAGUUGAUUCAGGUAUCGAAAACGACUUCCGAAAAGAUUCCAGCGGAGAAAUACAUAGGACUAGGCACAGGAGACACGAAAGUGAUGAAGAUGUACACAAUACAUCUCUAUUUUUGGCAAGCGAAAGGAGACAUACCGAGGACAAUUAUCCAAGUGAGCAGAUUUAUGCCAAUGGAGAAUACCUGGCAACUUUCAAAGAUUAUAAAGCAGACGAUCGAAAAGGAUAUGUGUCCAGAGAACGCAGCGGUGAUGAUGGUUCCAAUUUUGAAUCAAAACAUAACAGAUAUGACAAAAGCCCCAGUAGACACGGCGAAAAAGUCAGUGCGAAACCUCCUAAAGCUACAAAGAAGCUUUCUGGACUUGAAAAAGUGAAGCAACUGUUCUCUCGCGACUCUUCAAAGAAGAGCAAGAAAGAGAAAGAAAUAGUCCAGCAAAAGAGUCGCACUCGGGUACUCAAGAGCCCUGAACAUCUUGCUACAGACGAUUCCGAGUAUAGAAGGUACACUGACCCUGAACCGAGUGAUAUAGAUGUGAGGAAACGAGAUUAUGAACCUAAAGAAGUAGAAAGAAGAUACAAAAAUUCAAGAGAGGAUUUAGAUAAAUACAAUAGAAAUGAUCCUCGAGAGAGUAAUGAUAAGAAGUACAGAAACACGGACUAUGAUGGAAGGUAUGAUAGAACACUAAAAGGAGACAGAAGAUACAAGAAUCAUGAAGAUGGAAAGAGACGGUAUAACUCGUCAGAUAGAGAGAGUGAUCGCCAAUCAAGGCCGUCUGAUAUCGAGAGUGAUAGAAGAAAAACUAGAUCAAGAACUGCUGGACCACUUGAUUCUCCUGCUUUGGCUGAGAGAUACCGUGAGAGGCGUCGCCUAGCAACCCCGAGUCCCACGCCGUCUCCUCCCCGGCGCCCUCCCGCUCCACAGCCGGCCAGUGGCAGCUGGUUCAAAUCGCUAGACAGGAUUGGCAAGAAAAGAGAAAAGAGUGUCAAUAAUAGAGUAGAAAAAGACAGCAUAAUAACCACAGAAGACGAAUCAUCACGUCGUGUCUGGUCCAAACCUACAAAACCUUUAAAUUCUCCAGCGAAAAACCUUCGAUUCUUCGGCGAUACAGACCAAGAAUCAGAAAGUAACAUAAAACAAACAGUCACAAAGACAAAAAGUCAUCCUCAAUCUAAAAACCACAGCACAUUAAGAAAGACAAUAUCCAAUUCAAGUACAGGACUUGAUGAAGUCGAUAACAGUGAAUUAUCGAACAAAAGCUAUUCAAUGUCGAAUUUAUACAGAGAUGAGGUAAACGAAUCUCGCAAAUAUUACAAGAGAAAUUUACAAAACAUAUCAGAGAUACAAAGUAACUCAGAAACUGAGAGUCAAUUUGAUAGAAAAAGAAACGGAAAACCCCCGAUACCAGUCCCCAGUCCGUAUGAUAGAUCUAGGAGUCACAGCAGCUCGAAGACUUUGAAAGCCAGUAAGAAUGAUAUCAGAAGACAUGCGAGAGGAGAUGACAGAGGCAGUUCUUCUGAACUAAGAAGCAGUAAACAUGAAAUUAGCAGAGAUGUCAAACCUCGUCGCAGAACACCGUUAACAAACUCUGGAGAGAGUAGUACUGAAGGCGAGUCCAGUCAUCAAAGUCAACAAAGUGUUGUAUAUUUGCAUGCAACUACUGUUGGCGACAUUCCAGACCCUGGACAGUUAAUCCGCAAUCGAUCCAGAGAUGAUGUCUCAUCUGUCAUGUCAUCCAACAUACAAGUUCGCAGCACAACUAAAAGCUUCUCACUCUUCGCACCUUGGACUCCGAAACACUACGGCGAACAACAAGACGUACAUUACGAACAGAGACCUAAAAAGACGAAGCAGACUUACAAAAAGACCACAAAGACCGAAGACAGACCUACAUUACAAAAGAACAAAUCCUACAGUCAGACUACUUUAAACCGACGACCACAGAGUCAAAGUCGAUUGACAAGUUCUAGUACAACAUUAUAUCGUAAUAAAAGAAACGGUAAUGGCAAAGAAAGUGCCAGCGAAAGUACAAUAUCACGUAAAGGACAGAAUAAAAAGAGUCAAUCAAAUGAUGUAUUGAAUAGAGAAGAAAGAGAAAGAGUUUCACGUUCAAUAUCAAUGCCUAAAGACCAAAAUAAAAAAGCUGGUUGGUUUAAACUGUCCAAUAAAAAUAAGAAACCAGAAAUUAACACAAGAGUACGUUAACAUUAAAUGAACACCUAAUUUUAGUCCUCUUUCCCUUCCUACUCUUUUCUUUUAAGGAUAUGGGAAGUGGAAGAGGAUUUGACGGAGCAGGGAAUGCAUAAGAAGGGAAAAUAUUCUCUCUCUAUGAGUCCCUUCCUCUGUCAAUCAGACAUAGGCAACGCAUCUGAAAUUGCGAAUGUCUAUGGGCAGUAGUCCCUUCGCUGUUUUGGCGAAAUCAGGUGGCUGCUUGCUCGUUUGCCACCUUAUUAUAAAAAAAAACACCUUAAUUGUCAUCGAAUGGUAGCAGCAAAUGUGUUAAUUUAGGGUUAGGUCACUUGGCUUUGUUUUAAAAAAAAAACUCUAGAUACUAUAAAUACAACUCGUGUAGAAUAACAUGACAUCAAUCCGAUGACGUCAUUUAUUGUACAGUGUAAAUUGUACUAAUGUAAUUUACUUCCCAUUACUAGUGUUUGCGAGGAGUUUUAUUGGUGUUAUUAUGCAUGCUUUGUACAACAUUAUAAGUUACUGAA